AUGGAUAAAUUUCGCAUGAUCUUCCAAUUUCUGCAAGCCAACCAAGAGUCCUUCAUGAAUGGAAUAUGUGGUAUUAUGGCACUUGCGAGUGCCCAGCUAUACACGACAUUUGACUUCAACUGCCCAUGCCUUCCAAGCUACAACUUGUCUUAUGCCAUGGGUGUUUUGUGUGUACCGCCUAUUGUAUUAUUUUUACUUGGAUUUGUUAUGAACAAUAAUAUCUCCAUGCUGGCAGAAGAAUGGAGGAGACCAACGGGCAUGAGACAAAAAGAUGCGGCUGUACUGCGUUACAUGUUCUGCUCAAUGACACAACGUGCUUUAAUUGCCCCGGCCGUAUGGAUCUCCGUCACCUUAUUACAUGGCGAAUGCUUUAUAUGUGCCUUUAGCACCUCAGUACCUAUUGACAAACUGGGAAACACGACUGGAAUCGACCUGACUGAGAAGGAAAUUAAGCGAAUACUUGCCAGGAUCCCCUGUAAGGACAUUUAUGAUGGACAUGAUAUUAUCCCACAAGAAGUGGCAUCGAGAUAUCUGAGAUGUAUCUCACAGGCAGUUGGCUGGACCUUCGUCCUACUGAUGACUUUCCUGGCCUUUCUUGUGAGAGCCAUUCGACCCUGCUUUACACAAGCUGCUUUUCUAAAAAGCAAAUAUUGGUCUCACUACAUUGACAUAGAAAGAAAACUCUUCGAUGAGACCUGCACAGAACACGCGAAAAGCUUUGCAAAAUUGUGCAUUCAGCAGUUCUUUGAGAACAUCAAUAAAGAUUUUAACAUGGGGCAUGCCCACAUAUUAGAAAAAUCUGAAAAAUCUGAAAAAUCUGAAAAAUCAUCAGAGCAGGACGAAACAGAUAAACUCCUUGGAGUCACCAGCCAGGGGACAAUGAACACUCUUCUAAAGAACUGGCACAAAUGUAAACCCCCUCUCAAUCUGAAUUCAUAUGAACACCAAAACGGGAAUGGAUACAUUCAAAAUGGUGAAGAAUUGAAUAAUUUAAACGGACCCAAGAAGGAAAUCAUAACUUACUACAGCAAAGUUUAA